AUGGAAUGCUGCUCUAAUAUAUGUCUUACUAUCAAUUUUCUCUUAAGAAAGCAUAUCUUGUGCAAAGAAUUCCACACUUGCUCUUUGUUUUUCUUCCUGCCUCCGUGUGUUACGAUAUGCUCCAAAAAAAGAUUGAUGCGAAUUGGCAACAUGUUUUUCUAUUCCCACUUUCUUUACGAUGGUAAACAGAGAACCAGAAGAUUAAAUCCUGCUCAAGUUAUGCUUAGGAGAACAUAUUCGACAUUGGCAGCAGACUCUGCGGCAAAUUUGAGAACUACAAAUACCUUAAGAAAGGCACAGCUAGACCUAAAGAAUGCUUACAACAAUUUUGACGAAUAUAAAUUGAUUUGCCAAAGGAGAAAUGUUUCAUUCCCCUUAGAUGAUUCUUUCAAAGCUGAUUAUGAAAGGUUACAGAAAGUUAAUGAGACCAUCCUGAAUUUUAAACAUGAAUCAAAGAACUUGCAGAAAGCCUUGAAAGAUCUGAAAAUACAGGAGAAGAAGAACAACAUAGACAAUUCAAUGGAGCAAGAGAAGAUACUCGAUAAGCUUUCGAAAUACAAACCCAUAGUGAGUGAAAAAUCUAAGAUAUGGACUGAAUUAGAAGACAAACUUUUCAUUCAAGUAGCAAGCUUACCUAACUUGAUUCAUCCCUCUGUGAAAGAACAACAGCGUCUCUUAGAAUAUAUCAACCCCACCGGAGAAAUAAUCCAAAGUAAGACUGAUGAUUUCCAAGUGCAAAGUAAUCCAAAAUUGGACCAUAAGAACAUUAUGGAACGCUUUGGUUUAGUUGAUUUCUCCCAAGCGACUAAAAUUUCAGGCCGUGGUUGGUAUUAUUUAAUAGGAGAUGGUGCAUUACUUGAACAGGCGUUGAUUCAAUAUGCACUUAAAAGUGCCCGAAAAGCGGGUUUUAAAAUGGCAUUACCGCCCUCUAUCGUCAAAACUGAAGUAACCAAAGCAUGCGGUUUUAUGCCUCGUGAUACAAACAAUGAGACACAAGUUUACGAACUCAAAAAUGACGAUUUAUGCUUAACGGGGACUGCAGAGAUACCUUUAGCUGCUUUGAAUGCGAAUAAAGAGUUCAGUCAUACAGAAUUACCACUCAAUGUGGUAGGUCUCUCUCGUAGUUAUCGUGCAGAAGCAGGUGCAGCAGGUAGGGACACCAGGGGGCUAUAUAGGGUUCAUGAAUUCACCAAGGUUGAACUGUUCUCUUGGACUAGUCCAGAUGAAACACUGAGUAUGGGACAAUUUGAUUCCAUUGUAGAAUUCCAAAAGGAGUUUAUCAAAAGCCUGGGCCUGACUGCUCGUGUGUUGGUGAUGCCACACGACGACUUAGGUGCCCCAGCGUACAAGAAAAUUGAUAUUGAGGUUUUAAUGCCAGGUAGAGGGGCUUGGGGUGAAGUUUCUUCUACCUCGAAUUGUCUUGAUUUUCAAUCUCGGAGACUGAUCACCAAAGUAAGAGAUCCUUCUGAUAAAAAACUAAAGUUUGUCCACACCUUAAAUGGAACCGCAUGUGCAGUUCCAAGGGUCGUUCUAUCUAUCAUUGAAAACUUUUAUGAUCCGGAGAAAGAUGUCAUCGUCGUUCCGGAAGUAUUACGCCCAUUUAUGGAUGAUAAAAGUGAAAUCAGACCGCAAUAG